AUGUCAGGAAAUGAAUGGCCACCAUGGGAAAGAUUUAGCGAUUGGGUACAUUCCAUCUGUGUAGUGACAUUUGAUUUGGAGCUUGGUCAGGCUCUUGAGGUAAUCUACCCUGGAGAUGCGGUGCUCAGCAAUCAGGAAAAGACAAAUAUAUGCUACUUGGCGUUUCCGGAUUCGAACAGCGGGAGUACUAAGGACACAAAUUUUCACUUUCGUAUAAGGAGGAGUACAACUGAAAUCACUCCUUCGCAACGGACACUGCUGGAACGUUCAUCCCCUUCAGCAUCGUUUGAUCCAAGCUACCUGUUCGGCUUCGUACAUUUUCGGCAACAAAAAGAUCCAUCCAUUCAGCGAGGGUACUAUCAGAAAGUAAAGGAAUCUAGCUCAAGCUGUUGCGUGAAAACUCUGAUUUUAAUUUUCCAGAGCUUGGUGCUAGUCACGAUGCUACCAUUCUUCAACCUCUUUUCCACUGUUAUUGAACGGAUAGCAUUGCAAUUUUUUGAAAAU